AACAUGGACAACAUGCUUGUCUCAAGCUGGUUUCAUCUUCAUUCCUCUGUCCCUUUAUCUUAUGUUCAACCGCCGGAAAGUAGACCCGGCACGGCUUCUGUAGUCUCCGGGAAGACGAUUCCGGUGGUGGAUCUUGAAGAACAUGAUCAUGCUGAAAUAUUAAUGCAAAUUUUGAGAGCUUCUGAAGAGUAUGGAUUUUUUCAGGUUAUUAACCAUGGAGUUUCCAAGGAGUUGAUGGAUGAUACAAUGAAUAUUUUCAAGGAAUUUCAUGGCAUGCCUGAAGUGGAAAAGAUUAGUGAAAGUUCAAGGGACCCUAAUGGAAGUUGUAGGCUAUAUACAAGUCGUGAAAUUAAUAAGAAGGAUUGUGUUCAAUAUUGGAGAGACACAUUAAGACAUCUUUGUCCACCAUCAGGUGAAUUCAUGGAGUUUUGGCCACAAAAGCCUGCAAGAUACAGCGAAGUAGUUGGGAGAUACACUCAAGAAAUGAGAGUCUUAGGGCUCAAAAUUUUGGAACUUCUAUGUGAAGGGUUAGGACUUGACCCAAAAUAUUGCAAUGGUGAACUUAGUGAAAGUCCACUAUUGCUAUCUCAUCACUAUCCACCUUGUCCUGAGCCAAGUUUAACUUUGGGAGCUCCCAAGCAUCGUGAUCCUAACCUUGUUACCAUUCUUUUUCAAGAUAAAGAUAUAAAUGCUCUUCAAGUCUUCGAGGAUGGAGAAUGGAUUGUUGUUGAGCCAAUUCCUUAUGCUUUUGUUGUUAACAUUGGACUUAUUUUACAGAUCAUUAGUAAUGGAAGGCUUAUAGGAGCUGAACAUCGAGUUGUGACGAAUUCAGAAACUGCGAGAACGACUAUCGCAUACUUCAUUCGUCCUACAAGCAAAAAUAUUAUAGAACCUGCAAAGUCUUUAACAUGUUUAGAUGCUCGUCCGAUAUACAAGCCUAUCACGUUUGAAGAGUUUUUGAGAAUUUUCAUGGGUAAAGGUCCUGAUAUUGAACCUUACUUGCUCUUAUAAUCUUUCCACCAAGUAAUUAUUAUUCAUUCAGUUAAUCUAUUUCAAAGUUUGUUAGAAAUUAGUUUUGAAUAUGUUAUUAUUUUAGUUAUUGUGACUACUGUUGAGCUUCCUAUAUAAGCUCAUUUGUAUUCUUUUGUACUAUUUGUAGUUCUAUGUAAAACCAUGUAUGGAUUAUUAAUGAAUAAGAAAUAAGUCAUUUAGAACUCCCAAUUUUAAUCACAUAUUAUGGCAUCAGUAAGAGCAUUUGAGAGUUCAUUAGAUUGCUUCAAUAGUUAGUGGGAAUUUUUGAAAAAUUGUUACAUGCAUCUCUUUUUCAUCUUGAAUUGCCAUUUAUUUUCUCCUCCUUUUUUUCCCUUAGCAAUUCCUUUGAUUAAUUCUUGUGCAAACAUUAUCUUCAUUGAUUUAUCUUUCAUAUUUCCAACUCUUCAUUGUUUAUUUAUCAUUUAUCCUAUGUCACCAUACAUCC